UAUCUUCGUUCCCGUCAGUCUGUGGCUACUUUAUGUUUUUACAAAUACGAAGGAGACACGGUCACAUAAGGUGAUAGUGCUCUCUAUAGAAGUGAGGCGAUGAGAGCCACAACGAGACAAGAGACAAAAGCGCUCAACGAUGAGAGGCGCUACCCGCUGGUCUGUGUCGUGCGCGUACGCGCACUGCACCGUUUCGCUCCCUGUCUUGUUUGGCCCUGACGGCUCGCUGUCCAAGUGCUCUGUAGGUUGCUAUAGAGACCGGCGAGCGCUGGGCCUGCGAACUCCAAAGAGGCGAGCAGCGGCGACCUGGUGGGCUCUUGGGGACCAAAGCACCAUGUCUUUUCGCGACCUCCGCAAUUUCACAGAGAUGAUGAGAGCCUUGGGGUACCCACGACACAUUUCUAUGGAGAAUUUCCGCUCACCCAACUUUGGGCUUGUCUCUGAAGUGCUUCUGUGGCUCGUGAAAAGAUAUGAGCCACAGACUGACAUCCCUUCUGACAUUGAGACUGAACAAGACCGAGUUUUCUUCAUUAAGGCAAUUGCCCAGUUCAUGGCCACAAAGGCACAUAUAAAACUCAAUACUAAGAAGCUUUAUCAAGCAGAUGGGUAUGCCGUGAAAGAACUGUUGAAGAUUACAUCUGUUCUUUAUAAUGCUAUGAAGACCAAAGGGAUGGAGGGCUCUAACAUAGGAGAGGAAGAUAUCAGCAAAUUCAAGUUUGAUCUUGGCUCUAAGAUUGCAGAUUUGAAAGCAGCCAGACAGCUUGCUUCCGAAAUCACUGCCAAAGGAGCAUCUCUAUAUGACUUGCUGGGCAAAGAGGUUGAGCUGAGGGAACUGAGAACAGAAGCCAUCGCUAGGCCGCUGGAAAUAAACGAGACUGAGAAGGUGAUGAGGGCUGCAGUGAAAGACGUCCUGGCACAGGUUCAGAAGACUAAAGACCUGCUCAAUAAUGUGGCCUCUGAUGAAGCUAACUUAGAAGCCAAAAUUGAGAAGAGAAAAUUGGAACUGGAAAGAAAUCGGAAGCGGCUACAGACCCUGCAGAGUGUCAGGCCAGCCUUUAUGGAUGAGUAUGAGAAGAUUGAGGAAGAAUUGCAAAAGCAAUAUGACAUUUAUCUAGAGAAAUUUCGGAACUUGGCUUACCUGGAACAGCAGCUUGAGGAUCAUCACAGGAUGGAGCAGGAGAGGUUUGAAGAAGCUGAAAACACUCUCCGUCUAAUGCAGAACAAGCUGAAGGAAGAGGAGAAGCGGCUGCUCAAGAGCGCCAGUAAUGAUGACUCAGACAUAGACAUCCAAGAGGACGAUGAAUCGGAUAGUGAGCUGGAGGAGAGACGGCUGUCUAAGCCUCGCACGGCCAUGGAGGUGCUCAUGCAAGGAAGGCCCAGCAAACGCAUCGUGGGCUCAAUGCAAGGUGGAGACUCCGAUGAAGAUACGGGAGCAGCACCAGCCCUCUUAGGUAGAUGCAAGACCCCCAGCUCCAGGAAGCAGGAAGACUCAGAGGACAGUGAAAUUGACAUGGAAGAUGAUGAAGAAGACGAUGACGAUUUGGAGGAUGAGAGCAUCGCUCUCUCACCAGCCAAGCCCAGUCGAAGGGUCCGGAAACCGGAGCCCCUAGAUGAAAGUGACAAUGACUUCUGACCUUCUUGCCAAGGGACCCAGGCAGAUUAAGAGCCUCGGGUUUAUAGGUAAACAGGGAAUCAGCAGGCUGGAAAGGUAACAUGUGUUUUAUUCACUACACCAUCUGGGCUUAACCAUUACUGAAACAAACCCCAACAAAGAUUCUUUUGUCUUAUUUCCCAACACUUGGGAAAUACAUGUGUUCUAAGUAAUUCAAAUCCAUAAGAAAAGCCUUGAGAAGAGAACUGAUACCAUGUAAGUCUUGGCUGCUGUUAUUAUUAAAUUUUCCUUGAAGUUCAGGCCAUGGA